AUGCCUCCCCAACUAUCAAACCAAAUCAAGUCAAUCCAAGGUGUUCGUUUGCCGGGAAAGUCUUUUACCUGGGAUGUUCAACUCGAUCACUCAAAGAAAAAGCCAACCGUCGCCAGCGUGACCCCGCAUGCAUCGGAGGUGACCGAAUCCCCUCUGCUCUUACCAGCUUUGACACAUCCACACAUCCAUCUCGACAAGGCAUUCAUUCAUAGUGCGCCUGAAUAUGCCGACUUACUGCCCUCGACUGGAAGUUUCCAAGAAGCGCUGUCCUCAACCACCAAGGCCAAGCAGCGAUUCAACCAUGCCGAUAUCAUCAGAAGAGGUGAAUGGCUACUGGCUGAGUCCGUCGCAUCAGGAGUUACCGCAAUGCGAGCAUUCGUGGAAGUAGAUCACACAGUACAGUUCACUUGUCUACAAGCCGCAAUUGUGUUGAAAGACCAAUGGGCGCAGUCGUGCAAUAUUCAGAUCGUCUGCUUUGCGCAGGAUCCCAUUUUCUCCAGCGAUCAUGGGGAACAGAAUUUGGAAUUGCUGCAGAAUGCGCUGUCCGAGUAUGAUCAAAUCGAUGUAAUAGGCACAACGCCUUACGUUGAAACCGACACAGAAGCCGCAAAAAGGAACAUUGAAUGGGCGAUUGACAAUGCACUGCGCUUGAACAAGCACGUCGACUUCCAUCUGGACUAUAACCUUGAUCCGAACAAAGAGCCACUAAUAUGGCACGUUCUCGAUACUCUCAAGGCUCGAAACUGGACCUCACAUUCUUCCAAACGCAUCAUGAUCGGCCAUUGUUCGCGUCUGACUCUCCUGCCAGAGAACGAAUGGGCGCGCCUGGUUGCUGAAAUCCACAACCACAACCUGCCUGUCACCUUUGUGGGUCUUCCCACCAGCGAUGUCUACAUGGCUGCAGCCCCAGGUGACAGUGCCCAGGAUCGUGCUCGCGGUACUCUGCAAAUCUUGCAUUUGAUCCGCAAGCACAAUCUUGAUGCUGCAAUGGGCGUGAACAAUGUUGGGAAUUCGUUUACGCCGUGGGGGUCACCAGACCCCUUAUCAUUGGCUUGUCUGGGUGUGGGAAUUUACCAGGCAGGAAGUCAGGCUGAUGCUGAAUUGCUGUAUGAGUGCGUUUCGACACGGGCUCGAGCGGCUAUUGGCCUAGAAUCCCAAGAGGGCCUCUGUGUGCGAGAUGGUUGGGUGCCGGAUUUCUUGUUGGUGCGCAAUAGGGAUGAGACUGGGUGUGGACUGGUCAGACCUAGGUCGACCGUGGCGGAUGUUGUGUGGACUCCGCCUGGGGUGAUGAAUCGAGAUGUUGUGUUGGGUGGACGGUUGAAAGUCUCUCCAGCUUGUGACAAAGAUAAUCUUUAUCAUUUUGCAUGA